UUCAAACCGACCUUCCACCACCACCACCACGAAAACCCCCCCUCCGCCUUCAAAUUCCGGCCAAACUCUACCGCCAUGAACGGCCACAAGCGAAACCCCACCACCGCCACCAACAGCAGUCCCGUCGGCAGCCCCACCUCUGGCAACAUCUCAGACAGCUCCACGAAAGAACAAGACCGUUUCCUUCCGAUCGCAAACGUGAGCCGAAUAAUGAAAAAAUCCCUUCCGCCGAACGCGAAAAUCUCGAAAGAGGCGAAAGAGACCGUACAAGAAUGCGUGUCGGAGUUCAUCAGCUUCAUCACCGGUGAGGCCUCGGACAAGUGCCAAAGGGAAAAACGGAAGACGAUCAACGGCGACGAUUUGCUCUGGGCCAUGACCACUCUGGGAUUCGAAAAUUAUGUCACCACUUUGAAGACUUACCUCAACAAAUACAGAGAAACAGAGGAGGAGAAGCAUUCUUUGGCCAGACAGGACGAUCACUCCCCGUCUCCUGCAAAAUCCACGGCGGCGGUCUGUCCAGCCGAACCGAUUAUUGGCGGGAAAUCGGCCAAUUCCGUGAUGGAUUUUCAGAAUUUAAAUUCUGGGUUUUAUUCACUCGGGGCUCAUAAUCAUAAUCACAACCAUCAUCAAGGAAAUCAAAAGAGUUACCAUAUAAUCGAUGGCGUUGGAUUUGGGGAAAAUUUAAGGGGUUUCAAUUUGAGUGCAGUCCAUGAAAAUGAAGGAAAUCGAGGUCGAGCUAUGGCGGCUCAUCUUCAACAGAGCUCUGGUUGGUGAUUUGAUUAUAUAUAUUUAUAUAUACUCGAAAGAAGAACAA